CUUUAAAUGGAGACGCUGGUGCUGGCUCCGUAACACCGGAGCCGGCAGCUUGUUGAUUUCAGAGCUGGUGAAUUUCACAUUGUUUCCACUUCACUUUCCUCGCCCGGGGGAGGCUCCAGUUGGCUCUACGACCGCCGUUGCCGCUGCCAGCGAGGGCCAGGGCAGGGCAGGGACGCGCAGCAUCGGGGCGGGCGUGGGGCCGGAGAAAAGGGUGUCGGGGCCACACACGCACCCUCGCUGCAGUCCAGCUCCUCCCGAAGCUCGCACGCCCAGAGCGCACGGAGCGGGGGACUGCCCGCCCAGACGCCCGCCCGCCAACCCGCCCACGAGCCGGGGCCAAAGCCUGGGAGCCUGCGAGGGGAGGAGGCCCAGGGGGGCGGGGUGGGGGGCGGGGGUGGGUGCUGCGCUGCCGCGGAGCUGCUACUCGGCGCGUUUUGCAUGAAGAUGGCGGCUCCCACCGCCAGCAAGGCAGCCUCCCUGGGCUGUAACAACAAGCCUGCGUUCCCGGAGCUGGAUUUCAGGUCGGGAGCUCGGGUGGAGGAAUUGAACAAACUCAUCCAAGAAUUUACGAAGCACGACCAGCGGGAAUACGACGACCAGAGAGCGCUGGAGAUUCACACAGCCAAGGAUUUCAUCUUUUCCAUGCUGGGAAUGGUGCAAAAGCUGGACCAAAAGCUUCCAGUGGCUAAUGAAUACCUGUUGCUCUCUGGAGGUGUCCGGGAAGGCGUGGUGGACCUGGACUUAGAUGAGCUUAAUGUCUAUGCCCGGGGUACUGACUAUGAUAUGGACUUUACCCUCUUGGUGCCAGCCCUCAAGCUGCAUGACCGUAAUCAGCCUGUGACACUCGACAUGCGCCACUCAGCCUUGUGCCACUCUUGGCUGAGCCUUCGGCUCUUUGAUGAGGGGACAAUCAGUAAAUGGAAAGACUGCUGCACCAUUGUAGAUCACAUCAAUGGUGCCACCAACUACUUCUUCUCACCUACCAAAGUGGCUGACUGGUUCUAUGACUCUAUCAGCAUUGUCCUGUCAGAAAUACAGAAGAAACCCCAGCGAGGGAUGCCAAAGGUGGAAAAGGUGGAAAAAAAUGGGACCAUCAUCUCCAUCAUUCUGGGUGUAGGGAGUAGUCGCAUGUUGUAUGAUAUUGUCCCUGUGGUAUCUUUCAAAGGUUGGCCUGCAGUGGCCCAGAGCUGGCUCAUGGAGAACCACUUUUGGGAUGGGAAGAUUACUGAGGAAGAGGUCAUCAGUGGGUUUUACUUGGUGCCUGCUUGCUCCUACAAGGGUAAGAAGGACAAUGAAUGGCGGCUGUCCUUUGCCAGGAGCGAGGUGCAGUUGAAGAAGUGCAUCUCCAGCAGCCUCAUGCAGGCCUAUCAGGCCUGCAAAGCCAUCAUCAUUAAACUGCUGUCCCGGCCCAAGGCUAUUAGCCCCUAUCACCUGCGGAGCAUGAUGCUCUGGGCCUGCGACAGACUUCCUGCCAACUACUUGGCUCAAGAAGACUAUGCAGCCCACUUUUUGCUGGGCCUUAUCGAUGACCUGCAACACUGUCUGGUCAACAAGAUGUGCCCCAAUUAUUUCAUCCCUCAGUGCAACAUGCUGGAACACCUGUCUGAGGAGACAGUCAUGCUUCAUGCCCGGAAGCUGUCCUCUGUGCGCUCAGACCCGGCAGAGCACUUGCGCACCGCCAUUGAGCAUGUCAAGGCAGCCAACCGGCUGACACUGGAGCUCCAGAGGCGAGGUAGCACCACCAGCAUCCCCUCUCCACAGUCCGACGGAGGGGACCCCAACCAGCCUGAUGACCGUUUGGCAAAAAAACUGCAGCAGCUAGUGACUGAGAACCCGGGAAAGUCAAUCUCUGUCUUUAUCAAUCCUGACGAUGUCACAAGGCCCCAUUUCAGAAUUGAUGACAAAUUUUUCUGAGUGUUAGCUGACUUUUUUUUUUUCCUGAUUCUUAAACUCUGAUAAUGUGUCGUGUGGUUUGUGAUGCUGUCUUUCUGUUUUUUACAUAUCCAGCCUAGAUUGGAUUUGUUAAGAACAAAUUUUGAGUUUCCUGGUUCUGCAGGAUGGUGCAGGCUCUGAAACAGUAUAUUACUAUUUCAUAUUCUGCCUCUGAUUUCGUUGUUUACUUUUUGUAGUUAUUGUCAUGCUCUUUAGUUUGUUGGAGUUUUUUUUCUUUUUAAGGAGAUCUUGAGCCAUAGAUGAAAAUGCCCAUGAAUCCUCUUGCUUUUUUCUGUUUCAUACUUGGUGCAAAUUUGUUCAUGGGUAUGGGGAAACAAAUCUCUUUCUGAUGCUUAACGAUUCUAUCAUAUUAUUUUUAUUAUUUUGUUUUUGUCUUUUUUCUUAUGAGCUUUCACCACUACUGAUAUUUGAGAAUCAUAUGAACCUGGGAACUACCUGGCAUGUUAGCUGGAUUUAUUUAUUUUGACCAGUGACCAGAGUAGUUUCCCCCCUUUUCCACCAAACAAGGUAAACUUUGAAAGUGAUAAUACUACAAAUUGUGUUUUGGAGCAACUUCACUGAAUGUAAUUGUCCUCAAAUCAGAGAACACUGGGUGGUUUGAAGGGUGUGUUUGACAGUUUUCCAAGCAGAAUUAAGGUUUCCAAAUGUUAGUUUUAGCAUAUGUAAUUAUUUGAAGCCUUAUUUAAAUCCUAUUAAAGAACAUACCAUUAUAAUUAUUAUUUGCACUAAUCUUUGCCAUUGUCAGAAUUGCAAAGUGUGUUUCAAUAUAAAUUAACAACCACUCUUGAAAUUCUAUCAUUUUUUCAUUUUGCCCAUUUCUCUCUAUCAGUGAAACGAUUCUUUGCAUUUGCUUAGUUCUCCUUCAAUUGUGGGGUCCUGCUUUGCCCUCUUUGAUAUUCCUGGUUCCUGUCUCACUGAGAGAAGUUGUUAAAGCUUUAUACACGUUGACCCCAUCUAAAGCUGGGGAAAAUAUACACUUGAUGAAGCAGGUGUCUUUGUAUUUAUUUCUUUUGGGGUCGUAGAGGUAAGCUUUUUUGUAAAAUCUCUACUCUUCCUGAGAGUUUUGAGAAAAACUGGCAGGAAGAACUUACAAUCCCCAAAUAGAAGAUACCACGUCUGUUCAAAAGCAGGUAUUGCUAUAGAGCAGCAUCCAGGAAGUAUCUGUGGGUGGCAGCCUUGGUGUAGAGGUGUCCUGUCUUCAUGAGUGAAGUUACUUGCCUGAUUAGGUGCUGGAAGGUAUUGGCUCCCUGUUUUGGUGUAGACUCAGGGCAAGCUGGUGUUUAAGAGGUCAGGAGUCCUGCUGAUCUUUCAAAGGACACCCAUGAUGUCUACUCAUGGAAAGGGCAAGUAACGUGUUCAUUUUGGUCCUGAAUGUCCAAACUCAAGGGUUGGAUUUUGGCCAAUGGAAAUCAGACAUAUGCGAUCUUGGGUUUUUGCAUGGAAAUUAAUGUAAUGCUUAUAAAUGAAAAAUGAAAACAUUCAACCAUCUAAGUCAAACACAAAAAUAAUAAUAAAAAAAGAAACAUACUGGCCUUGAAA